AUGGCCGCGAGUCAGGUUGCCAAGCCCUUGGCGCGGAGAGGGAAGAUUGUUGACAAAUACGUGGCUAAGUUGCGACCUACUAAGGUCAACGGGAAAGUCAUUGGAUGCAAAGGUGCAUCGGGAAGAAUGGUCAUGAAGAUCACAAAGUAUUCUGCAACGAAUUACCGAUACUCCUUUACCACCAACCUCAUAAAGCUUCAAAACGGGGGAGGCUCUCCUGGUUUCGUGAGUUACGCCCAUUCCUGCACUGCUAGUAACGAGUUUGCCGAUCUGAUCUCCUGGUAUAACAUCGCUACCGACAAGGACGGUCGCGCCAGGCGCUACAGCUUCCAAGCCUUCUCGCUUUCAGAGGGGCCCCUGGCUGACAUGCGUCGGGGAGUAGCGCAGCGGCUGAGCAAUGGCAAUUACUUUCAGGCUGGUUACACGACGACUGGGGGGAUAACUGUAUACGCACUCUGUGGGAAGAUUAAGAAAGUGGUGUAA